AGCAGCUACAGGGCUGGAUUUACAGGGGUUUCAGAGCUUCAGACAAAAAUAAUUCGGUUACAAAAUAUUUCCAACAAUACAAACCAAUCACCACACCCUCGAUUAACCUACCUACACCUACCGCCGAAAUGCCAAUUACAAUAAUACAACCAGCGCAAGUACCGGUUCGCGGUCUAGGAGAUGUAGACCGCUACUCAGACUCAGACUCAGAAGGCGGGGUGGAUUUAGAAGGUGACAUCUCUAUGGUGCGUCCGACGAAGCGUGCACGACGAACAGGCGACGACUCUAUCGUAACGCCUGGUGAAGUGAUCACAGAAGAUCCUCAAUGGAUGCGCGGCCACGGCACAUACACAACCACCGAACCCCCCGCCAUAAUAUCCUCCGUCGCCGGCACCCUCUCCAAAACCAACAAACUCCUCUCCGUCCGCCCCCUGCGCGCGCGAUACACCCCCGAGAUCGGCGACCUGGUAGUCGGUCGCAUAGUCGAAGUCCAAGCCCGUCGGUGGCGCGUAGACGUCGGCGCUUCACUUUUAGCCCAGUUACCCCUCAGCGCCGUGAACUUACCCGGCGGUAUCCAACGCCGACGCACUGAGACAGAUGAGCUACAGAUUCGGUCUUUUUUUAGUGAGGGUGAUUUAUUGGUUGCCGAGGUCCAGCAGUUAUACUCUGAUGGCGCGGCUGUGUUACACACGCGCUCGUUACGGUUUGGUAAGUUGAGGAAUGGGGUGUUUGUUGCGGUUAGUGGGACGGGAGGUGGUGGUGGUGUGGUGAGAGCGAGGAGACAGACUUUCGUCUUGGAUGUUGGACGAGCGGCUGGUGGUGGUUUAGGUGCGGCGGCUGAUGAUGCGGAGAAGGUUGAUGUGGUCCUCGGUGUCAAUGGGUAUGUGUGGAUAAGCCGACAUAUCGAAGGGGAGGGCGCGGCGGCUGAUAAUGGACCUGCCUCUUCGGGACCGGGUAUUACGCGAAUUGAAGAGAGUGUGGGAUUGAACGUAUACUCGAGCCAGAACGAUAUAAUUCCCCCGGGUACGGUACGCGAGAUCGCGCGAGUACGAGGAGUGAUCGGAGCCUUGGUCGAGCAUGGUAUGCGUGUCGAUGAAGAAAUGGUGGUUGCGGGUUACCAUGAAGCAGUCGAGAUGGCACGAGCUGAUGGUGACGGCGAGGAUACGUUGUAUCUUGGUGGUGAGAGAGGUCGGCGGUUGGUUGAUACCCUCGUGGGACGAUAGGGCGGAGCCAAGAGUCGAACAAAAAAUGACAAUACUUCUAUCCCCAUUCAACUCCUUUGAGCUCUUUACCCUAGUAUGUUGAUACUAGGAAAGUUGAUGUAUCAUCUGUGAUAUCAUUUGACUACGAGACCCUUAAUGUUGCACAUGGAAAGCAAUUGAAUGAGUA